GAAAAGGGUGAAGGGAUAUCUAUUUCAGCAAAUAACACUGGCUUCCCACUCUUCAUGUCUUCUACAAGAAUUACCUUGAGCUAGCAUGAGGUAGUGCUGUUCUUGGUGUUCUGCGUGCUCUCAACUCGUCGGAGGAGUGGCAUGCCCGCCGUGGCCGGGAGCUUGUACAUGGCGAGCCAGCAGAAGGGAGUGCCUCCGUUGCCGCGGUUGCUGGCGCGGCCAUUGCCGGUGAUCAACAUGGGCCGGCUCAGCAUGGACAGUGCCUCCCAGGCGCUCGCCGUGCAGGAUAUUGUGCUGGCGUGCCGCGAACGUGGCUGCUUCCAGGUGGUAAACCAUGGCAUCAGCAAGUCUUGCAUGAAGGGCGCCCUCGAAACCGCCUCCGAGUUCUUCCAGCUAUCAACAGAACGCAAGGAGGAGUUCGCGUCCGACGAUAUUCGGCAACCCAUCAGGUACACCACCAGCUCGAGAGAUGGGAUCAGCAUGUCCAGGUCGUUCCUGAAGCACUAUGCCAAUCCACUGGAUGACUGGAUUAAGUUCUGGCCGCAGCAGCCAUCAACUUACAGGGAGAAAAUGGGGGAGUAUGCCGUUGAGAUGCAGAGAGUGUCAAUGCAACUCAUGGAAGCGACCCUGCAGGGCCUGGGGUUAGGGCCAUUGUACCUGCAAGAAAAGCUUGAAGGAGGAGUGCAGUUCAUUGCCUUGAACAACUACCCACAGUCAUCAGCAAAGACAGCUGAUGAGAUCGGAUUGGCUCCUCACUCUGAUUAUGGCUUCCUCACUAUCCUGCUGCAGAGCUCCCCAGGGCUGGAGGUGAUGCACCAUGACGAUGAUGCCUGGACACCUGUCCCUGCUAUCCCUGGGGCUCUCCAUGUCCAUGUAGGAGACCACCUGGAAGUGCUGAGCAAUGGCCAGCUCAAGUCCCUCAUCCAUCGAGCCGUCCUCAACCCUAACGAGUCAAGGAUUUCUAUUGCCAGCAUCCAUGGUCUCUCGAUAAAUGAAGAGGUCCACUGCGCCGAAGAGCUCAUCGACGAGCACAACCCCAAAAUGUACAGGGGAAGCAGCUUCCAAGACUUUCUGAAUUUCCUGCCGGCAAACAUAAACAAGUAUAAGAGGUUUGUCGAGAGCCUCAGGAUAGACACACCCUGAAAAGGAAUAGUCGUUGUGCUGCACCAGAACAUAUAUAGCAAAAUGGCACUAUUCAGAUAAAGUGUUUAAACUACCUAAAAAACUCCCUACUUGUGGGAAGUUUGUUCGACUUGAUGUCGGGGCAAAAAAGAAUGAUGUCGUCAACCUAUGCCGUGCAACAGUGUAAUAUAUGUAACCAGUGUCUACUUAUACUAUAGUGCAUCGUUAGUGAUGAUUAAUACUAAAAA